AUGGCAGCAAAGUUUCUUGGCGAACCGUCGAAAGUAGUUACGGGAAGUUAUGAUCGGACUUUAAAAAUCUGGGAUCUGCGCAGCAAAGCAUGUAUAGAAACGAAAUUUGCUGGUUCGAGUUGUAAUGAUCUCGUAACUUCUGACGGAGCUGGCUCCACAAUAAUCAGUGGUCAUUUUGAUCAAAGGAUCAGAUUUUGGGACACUAGAGCCGAAUCCAGCUCAAAUGAUAUUCUAUUGGAAGGAAAAGUUACAUCUUUAGAUUUAUCCCGUGACGCAAAUUACCUUUUGAGCUGCGUGAGGGAUGACACGGUGAAACUGAUUGAUUUACGAAUGAAGAAAAUUGUUGGAUCGUUCAGCGCUGACGGUUUUAAAGUAGGAUUCGAUUGGACAAGAGCUGCUUUCAGUCCUGACGGACAGUAUAUAGCGGUUGGUUCCGCCGACGGUUCUGUUUUCAUCUGGUCUAUAGUAACGAAUGCGAUCGAAACAAUACUGAAAGAGCACACGGCAGGAGUAACGGCCGUGUCGUGGCAUCCACACGGCACGUACUUAGCAUCUGUCGAUCGUGCCAAGACGGUGACAGUUUGGGGCGACCACGUUUGACAGGAGGAGUGAUGUCGGGACAAACGAUCGUUGUUUCACGCAUGAAGAUCUCUUAACCGUGAAAAUGAAACAAAUAUGCGCUCGUGAUGCCCGGCAGCAAUCCCGCGAGAAAUCACAGUGGGAAGUUGGGCACCUAGCGGGGUAAUAAUCAAAAUCAUCGGUUUGGCCGCGCGAAUUGUAAAGUUCUUGUAUAAGGACGCCGUUAAGUUGUAAAGCGCAAACGCCACACUGAACAAAUUCACAGCAGUGAUAGAGACUAUUGUAUAUAAAAUUGCACUUAUUGUUACUCCCAGGUUGUAAAGAUCCUUUAUUUAGAACAGUAAACUGCUCGCCACGGCCACGCCGCGCCGUAUAUCCCCCCAAAAAUUUAAGAAAUUAUUAUAAUAACUGGUGUUUUUCAGCGACUCAUUAGAUAUAAGUUUUGUUUUGCUAACUAUAAAAGACACCAUCGCGUAUUCUCAAUUGUUUGAGAAGAUUCAGUUACUUUUAGG